AUGUUCGGUCUGGGUUCAGCGUUCUACCUGAUCCUGUUCAUCACGAAUGCGCUAGCCGUUCUAUCGGAGGAUCGGUUCCUGGCACGAGUGGGGUGGUCGUCGCAUGCGCUCGCGGGAGGCAACUCGUUCGACCAAGGAUUCCAGUCCAACCCCUACGCUGCGGGUGCCGGGGGUGAGAAUGUCACCAUCAAGGCGAGGUUGAUCAAUCUUAUCUCCGCUGUAAGGACGUUGAUGCGAAUCCCUCUCGUGGUCAUAAACAUCGUCGUCGUCAUCUAUCUCAUCGUUCUAGGGUAG